CCGAUAUGAGUAUCUUAAAAUCUUCCCUACAGAAAACCACUCGAUUGACACUCAAUAUAUCUCGGUCUUGCUCAGUUGUUUCUUCUAGCUCUGCAAAAAGCGUUAUUGACGAAACGGCUGGGAAACAAUUUCUUGAACAAUACAUAGAGGCCGACUAUCCUCACAAAAUAACAGGCCUACACAAACUGUUACAGAAUACGACUGUACUGUACCCGAAUAAAGUGCCCUUAUAUAGUACCGGGUUACAUAAAUGGCGCCCUGGAUGCGGAACUUUGCGAGUGUGGCAUCAAGUUUUUGGCGAAGAUACUCUCAGUAGGUUUGACCAGAACUCGAAAGUGAUUGUCAUCGAUGGGCCAAAGUUUGCAGGAAAGACAAAGCUAGCAAAAGACCUUGCGAAAGGUCUAAACAUGAGAUACUUCCCGAAAGUGACUGAAACCUGGGCACAAGAAGUAGGUUUUGAUGGGGAAAUUGACGCAGAUUGGAAAUGGAAUAUGUUCACUAGCAUGCAAAAGUUCUACGAAGAUCCCAAGUCAGCAUGUGGGCAUUCUGCCAGGCUGCAAUUUGUGAUAUUCUUCAAUAGUUUCAGGCAGUAUAUUAAUAAUUUACUGCACUUACUGGGAACAGGACAGGGAGUCGUGAUGGAAAAGAGUGUGUUCAACAACUGGGCUGAUAAAGAUGCCCUACUUGAAAUGGACUACAUCACCCCGAGGUUCCACGCGUGGCUGGGAGCGCGUGAGAGGUUCUUGCUUGAUACUUUACUGCCGCCUCAUCUUUUGAUAUAUCUGGACGUAUCGCCGGAAGAGACAUACAAACGGGUACAGGAGUUUGGGAAUGCCUACGAGAAGAAAGUUGACAAAAAGUACUUAGAAAGUGUGGAUAAAUUCAACAAGUUUCACCUGCCGGAACUGAACAAACGUUUCAAUACCGUAACAGUUCAGUACGACUGGAACAAAAGGGGAAACUCUGAGCAAGUUUUGGACGACUUCGAACUUCUGGAUUUCAGUGGCAUUAAGUGGUGGGAAAAAUAUAACACAAAUGAUAUGUACGAAAUGAGAGUGAACUACCAGAACAAGGCGAUGAUAGAGGCGGACUGGUUAUCAUUAGGUCCUAACCAGCCCGAGAUUGCCUUUUCUCCACUAUACGCAGAACAAUUUGAAUUUGAUUUAUACAAAAAAGGAGAGAAGAAAAAGAUGCUUCGAAGAGAUUGGCUUGAUCCCGUAUUCGUUGAAUAACUAAACUAACCGAAGGGACGAAUGACUGUAUGAUCUAAGUAGAAUUUAAAUUGUUACACAUUUG